GGGCCGGUGGCGGGAAGGUGUGCGGAGCCCGCCCCGCGCGUCGCCCCGACUUCCACGGCUCGGAAAAAAAAAAUACUGCCCUGGUGGGGGCGGGGGGCAGCCCGAGCAGCGAGCAGGAGUGGCUUUUGUCCCUCAUCCUUGUUUACUCGAAGAAACUUCAGACCGGACGUGUUUAGUCAGAACCGAAAUGCGUCUCGGGGCCAAGCCGAUAGCAAAGGAAGCUGCCUGGCGGUGGCAGCCGCGCAGAUAGCGCCGCCAUCCCCCAGCCCGGGCCCGAACGGGCCUCCCGCUCCCUCCCCCCGGCAAACUUUUAUGCCGAGAGUAUUUACAGUGAUCCCUGAGACAGCUUUAGAAAAAUAAUUAAGCAUGGGCAAAGGAGAUCCUAAGAAGCCGAGAGGCAAAAUGUCAUCAUAUGCAUUCUUUGUGCAAACUUGCCGGGAGGAGCACAAGAAGAAGCACCCAGAUGCUUCUGUCAACUUCUCAGAGUUUUCUAAGAAGUGCUCAGAGAGGUGGAAGACCAUGUCUGCUAAAGAGAAAGGAAAGUUUGAAGACAUGGCAAAGGCGGACAAGGCCCGUUAUGAAAGAGAAAUGAAAACUUAUAUCCCUCCUAAAGGGGAGACAAAAAAGAAGUUCAAGGAUCCCAAUGCACCCAAGAGGCCUCCUUCGGCCUUUUUCUUGUUUUGUUCUGAGUAUCGUCCAAAAAUCAAAGGAGAACAUCCUGGCCUAUCCAUUGGUGAUGUUGCAAAGAAACUGGGAGAGAUGUGGAAUAACACUGCUGCAGAUGACAAGCAGCCUUAUGAGAAGAAGGCUGCUAAACUGAAGGAAAAGUACGAAAAGGAUAUUGCUGCAUACCGAGCUAAAGGGAAGCCUGAUGCAGCAAAAAAGGGUGUCGUCAAGGCUGAAAAAAGCAAGAAAAAGAAGGAAGAGGAGGAAGAUGAGGAAGAUGAAGAGGAUGAGGAGGAGGAGGAGGAUGAAGAGGAUGAAGAGGAAGAAGAAGAAGAUGAUGAUGAAUAAGUUGGUUCUAGCGCAGUUUUUUUUUUUCUUGUCUAUAAAGCAUUUAACCCCCCUGUACACAACUCACUCCUUUUAAAGAAAAAAAUUGAAAUGUAAGGCUGUGUAAGAUUUGUUUUUAAACUGUACAGUGUCUUUUUUUGUAUAGUUAACACACUACCGAAUGUGUCUUUAGAUAGCCCUGUCCUGGUGGUAUUUUCAAUAGCCACUAACCUUGCCUGGUACAGUAUGGGGGUUGUAAAUUGGCAUGGAAAUUUAAAGCAGGUUCUUGUUGGUGCACAGCACAAAUUAGUUAUAUAUGGGGAUGGUAGUUUUUUCAUCUUCAGUUGUCUCUGAUGCAGCUUAUACGAAAUAAUUGUUGUUCUGUUAACUGAAUACCACUCUGUAAUUGCAAAAAAAAGAAAAGUUGCAGCUGUUUUGUUGACAUUCUGAAUGCUUCUAAGUAAAUACAAUUUUUUUUAUUA